UGAGGGCUCUGGGGAUCCAACAUGAGGUUCAGUUCGGGUCUGGGUGUCAGAACCACACUGUUCUGAGGAUCCAACACGAAGUCCUUCAGCCUUAUCUGGAGGUUUUAGUGGAUGAAAGAUUCUUCUUGAUUGAUUCAAAUCAGAAGUGUUCCUCUGGUUGACCAGAAGCUGCUUCAUCGCUGCAGCUGAAAUGUUCAAUGUUUGAAGCAGAAACUGAGAAGCUCGGAGCUUCGUCUCCGACAUGAAGAGGAAAUUAACCUCAACAAAUGAAACUGGAAAUCCUUCUGGCAGAGUUUCGGACUGGUUCUGUGACCAGGAUAUGUGAGAAUAGACUUCUGAUGGACGAUCAUCUGGUGGAGCGGUCCGGACUGGAACCACUUCAUCUUCAGAUCAGAGAGAUGAAGAGGCGAGAGAAAGAAGAGAAGCAAACGAAGUCAACCAGCCAGAGAACAGAAGAGGAAGAUGAGCAGAGGAAGACAAGCGUUCAGAGCCCAGUGGAGGAGGAGGAAGAAACCACUGACCAGAGAAGAGCUGCUGCUGCUGAUGGUGAUCAGCUAAAGGAGGAGAAGAAGAAGGAGGAGAACAGGAAGUGUGUGCCAGGUAUCGUCUACCUGGGCCAUAUUCCUCCAAGGCUCCGCCCCAAACACCUGAGGAACCUUCUGUCAGCGUAUGGAGAGGUUGGACGCAUUUUUCUGCAACCAGAAGACCGCCAGGUGAGGAGGAAGAGGAAGAAGUCUGGCUCCAGAAGGUGUGACUUCAUUGAAGGUUGGGUGGAGUUCAGAGACAAGCGAGUGGCAAAGCGAGUGGCGCUGUCGCUCCACAACACGCCGAUGGGCACCAGGAAGCGCCAGAGAUUCUUCUCAGACCUGUGGAACAUCAAGUACCUGCACAAGUUCCAGUGGACUCACCUGAGUGAGCGGCUGGCCUACGAACAGACAGUGCUGCAGCAGAGACUCCGGGCUGAAGUCUCCCAGGUCAAGAGGGAGACCAACUUCUAUCUGAACAACGUGGAGAAGAGCACACACCUGGAACACCUGAGGAGGAAGAGGCAGAGAGAUGGACAGCAGGUGGAGGAGAAGACGUGGGACUUCACCCAGCGCCAGACAGAGGAGGAGAUCCAGAAAAAGAAGAAGAAAAAAGACUCCAUUACCCAGAAACACCUGAAUAAAGCCCACCUCCUACAGUUGGAGAGCCAAUCAAACAUCUCAUUGCUGGCUAAGAUUUUUAACUCCAACCAAUCAGAGUAAAGCUCAGACACCUGUUUCUAUGGGGACAAUAAACACUUCCUGUUCUCUAACUACACAUGAUGUCAGAACAGGAAGGGGCAGGGCCAUUGGGUGGCUCCUCCCACUGCUCCUGUCAGUGUUUUGACUUUUUGUUAUUUGAUGUAAAUAAAGUUUGCUGAACUUUCA